UUGUAUGCCAUUCAUUAAAUUACCAAGUCGGUAAGCGUCGUGUCAAAACUUUAAUGUUAAAUCUACGGAUAACUGCUUUUUCGAAGUUCUAAACAAUUUUUAAAACAAUCUUCUCGUCUGCAAGAAGGGACUCGGAACACCCGCUUGAGUUUGCCAUGGCUCGGUAGACGAUGAAUCACGAGACGUCACGAUAGGUUCGACAGUUAUUUGCUUGAGAUUAGCAUCUACUACAGUACGUAAUACAAGUUAGCUAUAUCAUGGGAUGUAUCAAAGUAUUCAUAAUCUAUGCCAUAUAUAUGAUGGCAUUGGGUGAGGCUAAAGAUGCCUUACAACUGACUCCGAAAGCAACUUCAUGUUCUUGUUACUUUGAUGGUAGUUACUAUAACCUGAGGUCGCUGGGAAUUGAAGACAGAACACAGCCAGCGAUGGUAGCUAGAAAAAACGACUAUGAGUAUGGAUACAACCCUUGUUUUCCAUUCACACUGGGAGGGAAAUGUACAAACGUUGUGAUCUGCAAAUGGACAGAGAGUGAUGUCAACUUUCACUUAGCACUUGGUCGUGGAGACAACGUAACUUGUCUUCCUCCAUCGGAAAAAGACUCCGAUAAAAACAUUAAAGUUUAUUUGGUUUUCCAUCAACCAGGAAAUGACCAAAAGGGCUGGACUACAACUAUAAGACUGAAAUGCAAUAAAACACUGGAAAAGCCGAAUUUUACAAUCCUUGAUUGGAGUGCAGUACCGGUGCUCCAAGUAGAACACAAGUGCUGUUGUCCUGACAUGUGUCCAGACUUGAUCUCCCCUUCUCCAAUAGGUCCUAAGAAAAAGAUAGAGGCUGAAGUGAUAGGAGGAGCCACUGGCGGUGUGCUAUUUCUGCUAGUUCUGUUCGGUUUAAUUAUAUUUGCAUGGCGCAAGAAACGCCGCAAUAGAAAUAUUCGCGGUGAUCGGAAUAAUGGAUACCAAACUUUUGUAACGCGGCCUAACCCUGGUCAGGAUGAUGAUGAUGAUGAUGAUGAUGAGCAACCUGCUGCAGAACACGAAGAUGAACCGGAAAGGCCUGCUUCAGUACCAGUUCAAGUAGAGUCAGGACGAGAAGACCAACAAAGUCCUUGCAGACCAAUAUCUGCAUCUCCUUCUCCAGUGGAGCACCCUUAGUAAACCAAAACGUAUCGUUUAUAGAAUGGUUAAGAUAUCCAUGCAUAAUAGAGACUACAGUACAUUGAUCUAUUACGAACGUGAAUGCGUGCAAGGACAAAUCAACCUGAUUUGAUCUCAAUCAAAUGCGACAAAAACUCAAUUCGUCCUGAUGUCGAGUUCCGUAUAUAUAAUUUAUAGAAAGAUAUGUAGAAAAAGUUUAAACCCGGAUUCAAAUGAGUCCUCAAAUUGUAUAUUUUCUUAAAUAAAGUUAUAUUUUAC